GACAAUCCACAAAACAAUGCCAAAUAAGACAUUGUGUUCCAGGAUUUGUAGGAUAAUCAGGUAUUAGACUCUUGCUCUUGUUUGGCUCCUCCACUUGUAGCAGGGAGCGGAAACUUUAGAGAGAAAUAGGAUUGAUGUUAGGGAAAACUUUCCAGCAAUUAGAGUGGAAUGAGCUAUCUCCGGAGGCAAGCAGUAGAUCUUCAAAGGCUAGAUGGCCUCUAGGAGAGUAAAUUGCAGAGGGGAUUCAGUCAAGUGCAGGUUGGACUAGAUGGAUUCUGAAGAGCUUUACGAUGCUGAGAUUCUGUGAUGCGGAGGUCCGAGGAGAGCAAUGAUCGGCUGAUCUCGUUUUGAUGGGCAGUUGUUAGUCUUUGGCAGGAGUGAGGAGCGAGAAAAUGCUCGAAGCCUCCAGCCUCCUACAGCUUUGUGAUCCUCGUGGUGAGAUUCGGUCUAACGGUCUGGGUCAGAGUGCCUGGAGAAAGGCAGCGACGUGAGGAUUCUUGGGAGUGGGCUUUCAAGAAACAGGGUGAGGAGAGCCAUCGAGAUUAUGGAAUCCUCCAAGCGUCCUAGAACGGUCGUAGACACUAGCUAGAGUCAUGGGGCCGCUUCCUGUCCUUGUUCAGCUCGUUUCCGUCCGGCUUACCCCAGUUUAAUAGUGGGUUGCAAUCAAAACUCCGCCCCCUCCCCUCUCCUCAGGCUCCGCGCGCCCCGCGUCCGGAGCAGACGGACUUAAAGAUUCUAACCCUGAUGUGAUUUCCCAGCUGGAGCCAGGGGGAACAGCUAUGGGCUUUGAAUCUGCAGGAAACUAAAGAAAAAGAUGAUUCCCAUAGAGAUUCCUACACAGAUUCAGAAAGAACUGAGAAUAAGCAGUUAUAUGAAAGAGGGGAAGAUUUCAGAAGAGUAGAGUCAAAUGGAGAAACACUGUAAAUAAUCCUAAACAAUUUCCCUAAGGAACAUAGAUUUGGAGAAUAUUUUGAAUAUGAGAGAAGUUUAAACAUUUAUCAAUAGAGAAACUCUACAGCAUUGACUUUUAGGAAAUCCUUUUUCCUCAAAAAAUUAAUUAAGCCAUGAUGACUCACAAGAAUGCCAUUAUAGAAGAUGUCACCAAAAAAUGUAAUGAACUUGGAGCAGAAUCAGUAUUCUUUGUACAUCAUAAAGGAAUAACAAAAGAAAAAGUCCAUGAAUGUGAUAAUUGUGGCAAAAAUUUUGAGCAGAAAUCAGCUUUUUUUCUACACCAGAGAAUUCACACUGCAGAGAAACCACACAGAUGUAAUGAAUGUGGGAAAAUUUUCAGUCGAAGCUCAAACUUGAAUGAACAUAAAAAAAUUCAUAUUGGAGAAAAACCAUAUAAAUGUAAUAAAUGUUCAAAAGCUUUCAUUUGUAGUUCCCGGCUCAUUCAACAUCAGUUAAUUCACACUGGGGAAAAAACUUAUAAAUGUUAUGAAUGUGGUAAAGCUUUCAGUCUGAAUUCACAACUUAAUAGACAUCAGAAAACUCAUACUGGAGAUAAACCAUUUGAAUGCAAUGAGUGUCAGAAAACAUUUAGCCAGAGAUCACACCUUAUUCAACAUCAAAGAAUUCAUACUGGAGAGAAACCUUAUGGAUGUGAUAAAUGUGGAAAAACCUUUGGUCAGAAUUCUCAACUGGUAUUACAUCAGAGGAUUCAUACAGGAGAGAGGCCUCAUGCAUGUAAUGAAUGUGGGAAAGCUUUCAAUCAAAGAUCACUACUUAUUAGACAUCAAAGAAUUCACACUGGAGAGAGACCCUAUAAAUGUGAUGUAUGUGGAGAAACCUUUAUUCAGAACUCACACCUUAUUCUACAUCAGAGAAUUCACACUGGAGAAAGACCCUACAAAUGUAAGGAAUGUGGGAAAUCAUUCAGUCAAAGUUCAACUCUUGAUCAGCAUCAGAUAGUUCAUACUGGUAUAAAACCAUACAAAUGUAAUGAAUGUGGGAAAGCCUUCAGUUGGAGUUCACGUCUUAUUCAACAUAAAUUAAUACACACUGGAGAGAAACCAUAUAAAUGUAAUAAAUGUUCAAAAGCUUUCAGUUGCAGCUCAGGCCUUAUUUUACAUCAGAGAACGCACACUGGAGAGAAACCCUAUAAAUGUAAUGAGUGUGGAAAAGGCUUCAUUCAGAGUUCACAACUUAUUCAGCAUCAAAGAAUUCAUACUGGAGAAAAACCCUAUGAGUGUGAUGAAUGUGGCAAAGCCUUUGGUCAGAGCUCACAACUUAUUCAACAUCAAAGAAUUCAUAGUGGAGAAAAACCUUAUGGGUGUGAUCAGUGUGGGAAGGCCUUUAGUCAAAGCUCACAACUUACUCUACAUCAUAGAAUUCAUACUGGAGAGAAACCUCAUAAAUGUAGUGAAUGUGGAAAAACUUUUUGUCAGACCUCACAACUUAGACUACACCAGAGAAUUCAUACUGGAGAGAAACCCCACAAAUGUACUGAAUGUGGGAAAGCUUUCACACAAAGCUCACUUCUUAUUAGGCAUCAGAGAGUUCACACUGGUGAGAAACCUUAUGAAUGCCAUGAAUGUGGGAAAGCUUUCAGCCAGAGUUCAACUCUUGUUCAGCAUCAGAUCGUUCAUACAGGAGUGAAGCUUUUCAAAUGUAAUCAAUGUGGAAAAGCUUUUAGUAGGAGUUCUUACCUUAUUCUACAUCAGAGAAUUCACAGUGAUGAGAAAUCUACCCAAAGUAAUUAAUAUGAAAUUUUUCUGGUACUUUUAAGCUAUAUAAAGUUGCCUGGAAAAAAAAAUAACUGAAUGUGAUAAGAACAGGAAAGCUACAGAUUGGAAUUCAUACCUUAAACUACAUUAGACCAGUAUUUGAGGAAAAACUAUAAAUGUAACACAUAAGAAAAAGCCUGCACUUUUAGUAUCCUUCAUUUAAUUUAUAUCACAAUAAUCAUACUGACAAAAAAAAUCAAUAAGAGUUUUGUAAUGGUUUUACCAAUAUCUCAUUUUUCAUCCUCACAGCUUUUCAGAGGUGGCAGGUCCUCAUCUUGUUUCAACCUGUAAAUGAAAAAGAAUCUUCACACACUAUCCCUAUCAAAUAGUAAUCUAAUCUCUGCUUGAAGACCUCCAGUGAUAGGGAUUCUUCUUCCUCCUGAGGCACCUUAUUAUUCUUUUAAACUACAGUUUUUAAAGAAAUUUUUUCUUAUGUUGUGCUGAAAUCUGCAACUUUAACCAUUGUCCCUGGUUCUGCUUUAGUGCCAAAUAACAACUUUAGUCCCUUUUCCUCAUUUUUACUCUUCAUGAUACUUCAUGUCUUCCUCAAAGUUUUAUUUUCUUCAGACUAUUGGUUCUUAAAAUGUGAUCCAUGGCCUCUUUUCAGAGGUUCCUCAAAGUCAAAACUAUUUUCACAAUAAUAAUGUUUAAUUUUUAAUAUGGUAAAUAAGUAAACAAAUAAAUCAGUAUGGUAAACAAAUAUGCUAGCUCAUAUUUAGUUUAUAAUCCACCAAAACCCCUCCA